UGGAGGAGAUGCAUUCUUUAUUCUGAGGAGGGGAGGAGUGACAGAGAGGAGAGAGGGAGAGAGAGAGAGAGAGAAAGAGAGAGAGAGAGAGAGGUGAGCAGAGCACACACGUCGCACUAUCAAGUGAAUCCAUCUAAGAAAACAACUCGCAGGGAGUCCGGGGCUGAGCUGCGUAGGCACUGAAGCCAAGUUUGAGCUCCCCCGCUGAAGAGCGCGCAGGACGGACGCAGCUGGCCGUCAUGGCCCGUGGAGGAUCAGGCGGCGGACACUUCGGCGAGUGCGUCCUCAGCGUUCGGGCAGAGUGUGGACGGAGAAAAGAGGGCUUUGUGAUCACUCUGCCACCGCUUUCCUUGGUCCCCAUGCGCUGCAGACGGUGCAGUUAAAGCGGAGCAGCGCCGUUGAGAAGCGCCCGGGCGCUGGGCAAAAAGAAAAAAAAAAAAAGAAGAGGGGGGUGAAGUGUUGGACAGCGGUGUAAACGGAGGCACAACCAGGGGGGACCCAUGCAGGGAAAUAUGCUGCUUCGGAGACUGGACGGGCUCACGCUGCUGAUCGGGACCGAGUCGCACCAGCUUCACCGAGCGGAGCUUUACGCACGGUCAUACAGCAGGACCGCAUGAAGGACAGAGGGGAAAAGUUGAACGCGGUAGCUCGGUUUGUAAUGGAUAAAGGCUCGCCAAAGGUUUCUGGAUCCAAAUGUCACCCCCCUUGGACUCUGCCCUGGUCGGGGCCCAGCAGUGUGUGACGGACAGGCGUGUGGAGCCUGCGGUGGCUCUGUACUGCGUGGCUUCAAAUUGCCCCUGGCUGAGCUCUACAUGGAGCAACGAGUGAAGAGUCCAGCAAUGGUCUGACGUCUCAGCAUGGAUGGAGUCAGUCAGAGGACCGGCCACCACUAAUGAGACCAUCGCGCUUCAGCUGAGGACUAGCAUUUACAGGAUUACUCCCACGUUUUCCUGCUCAUUUUCCAGCUAACUGCAUCGUUACCAGACUCUCCUAGUGGGACUUUUAAUGCGUCUGGUUUUUGGUGGAUAUAUACGUCAUUGCCUUUCUGAUUUUCAUAUUUGUUUUAUUCCAUCCCACUUUUUUAUUGUUGGUUUCCCUUUUCCUGUUUUGUUUUUCCACUAUGGAGUUUCUGGUCGGACCCUGGAAUAAGGAUUGGGCUUCAUUCUUGCAAUUUUGGUUGACUGUCAUCCUAAGCCUCCAAAUGCAGUUCAGGCCGGGUGCUUCUUGCCCGGAGGUGUGUCGUUGUGACAACCAGUUCGUGUACUGCAACGAACGCAGCCUGACAUCAGUGCCUCUGGGGAUACAAGAGGGCUUCAAAGUCCUCUUCCUACACAACAACCAGAUAAACAAUGCUGGCUUCCCUAUGGAACUUCACAAUCUUGCCUCGGUAGAAACUGUGUAUCUCUAUGGCAACCAGCUGGAUGAGUUCCCCAUCAAUCUGCCCAAAAAUACCAGGGUCCUUCAUCUCCAGGAGAACAAUAUCCAAACAAUCUCCAGGGCAGCCCUGGCCCAGCUGACUCGGCUAGAAGAGCUGCACCUUGAUGAUAACUCCAUCUCCACAGUGGGGGUGGAAGAAGGGGCCUUUAGGGAGGCACUGAGCCUCAAACUCCUCUUCCUUACUAAGAACCACUUAAGCAGUGUUCCCAUUGGCCUUCCUGAGGACCUUAAAGAGCUGCGGUUGGAUGAGAACCGCAUUGCUGUCAUUGCAGAGGAGGCCUUUCAGAAUGUGACACGUCUGCAGCGCCUCCUGCUGGACGGGAACCUGCUGACAGAUGAGGGCAUUGCACCUGGGACCUUCCAGGACCUGUCCAACCUCCGUGAGCUGGCCCUGGGUCGCAAUUCACUCACCUUCCCCCCACCCCUCCUUCCUAGUCAGUCACUGGUCAAACUCAGCCUACAGGAGAACCAGAUUGACCAGAUCCCUGUGGCAGCAUUCGCUGCCCUUAAUAGACUAGAAAAACUGGAAAUCUCUAGCAACCAGCUUCAGACUCUGACACAGGGAGUGUUCGAUGGACUGUCAAGCCUAAAGCAUCUCAUGGUGCGAAAUAACCCUUGGCGUUGUGACUGUGGCAUAAAAUGGGUGGUCGUGUGGCUCAAGGCUCUACCUUCGUCCAUCAACGCCCGGGGCUUUGUGUGCUCAAGUCCGGACAAGGUGCGUGGCAUGGCAAUCAGAGAGCUCACGCUGGAUAUUAUAGAGUGCCCAGUCGAUGCCAACCAGCCGCCCUGGCCAACCCUUCGUUCCACACCUCCUCCCCCACCCACAACCACCCCUUACACAACCAUGAUUUCCACCCUCAUCACCACAUCCAUCCCCUACUACUUUGACUCACCCUCCCCUCCUCUACCCCCAGUCCAUAACCCUCCUGGCCCUCUGCCUCCUUACGAGGACCCCCUUCAGAUUUCCUUCCAUGUGGUCAACUCCACAAAUAUCGAGGUGAGCUGGGCUUCCUAUUUCACCGUCACAGCCUACAAGGUCACCUGGAUCAAAAGGGGCCAAAGCCAAAUAAACGAAGGGAUGCGGGAGAGGACUGUGAGUGGGGACCGGCGGCAUAUCAGCCUCACCAACCUGGAGCCCCGGUCGGUGUAUCGUAUCUGCGUGCAUGUUCUGGACACUCUUAACUCCUACAGGCCAGGAGAGGAUACUAUAUGUUCUGAGGCCAGGACCAAAGCUGCUGUGUCCACAAAGCCUCCCGGCAGAGAGCAAGCUCCUCAGGAGAGCAUCAACACUACUCUGCUGAUGGCUGGAAUCAUCGGCGGGGCGGUGCUUAUCAUUCUGGUAACGCUGCUCAGCCUGUUUUGUUGGCACAUGCACAGGAAGAGCCGGUCAUCUUCGACCAAGUGGAAAUACAACCGUGGUAGGAGAAAAGACGACUACUGCGAGGCUGGAACCAAGAAGGAUAACUCCAUUCUUGAGAUGACUGAGACCAGUUUCCAGAUAGUGGCGCUGAACAAUGAGCAGCUGCUCAAGGGAGAUUUCCGCAUUCAGCCCAUCUACACGCCCAACGGGGGCAUUGGAUUUAGAGACUGUCACCUCAGUAACAACAGCAUAGCCUACUGCAAGAGCAGCAACGUGCCCAGUACAGAGUUCUGCCACACGUGAUGCAGCAGCAAAUAGUACAUUGGCAUUCAAAUAAACACAAAGAAAAACGCUCGACUUGCAUAAAUACACACACUUACACCGUUUGUGUAGACGACAAAAUACAUAAAAGUUCUAGUGAAAUAUAACUGUACUAUAUAUAUUUCCAAGUUCUGUCUACAAUGUAAUUUAUACUGUGGAUAAUAAUGUGGGAUUCUCUGCUAUCUUUUUUAUUCUUAGAAAAGAGAUACAAGUGUUUCUUUUUUAUAACCAGCAGGGUUUUGAAAGUUGUUUUAAUGGUCAGUACUGUACAUGAACAUGGAUUUGUACAAUCAUGGCACCCUGGGUGUAGCUUCUGACAAACGCUGUCAGCCUUGGAAACGUUGGGGCGCUUAGAGGGCUGGGAUCCUUUGCUAACCACAGAAGUAAAAAUAUGGCCUUUUUGUGCUUUGAAACUCUGCAAACCCUCCCUGCUACAACAGAACAGUAGUAAAGACAACACAGCACAGGGGAAAUCCAAACACCGCUGAUUAGAGCGCUGUGGAAAUAUAGCACUGGUUCACUGUUGGCAUGUUGUAAAAAAAAAAAAAAGAAGUGCACUUUCUUAUUAAUGGAAGCAAGGCAGGAAAUGAGCAGAGGUGGUGAUCGCAUGUAAGGGAAUCAGGAUGGCUGUGUGGGGAGAAUGUCAUCGGUGCUGUUGAAAAGCCUGGAAUGAGAUUUCCCAAAGGUACCUUAACACUAAAGCAUCUUUGUUCUGUUGCUUUACAGUAGAACAAAGGUGGGUUUAGUCGGGGGACACGUUUUGGAAAAUUCUGAAGAAGGAUGUGUCAUCUUCAGAACAGUUUUUUCUAAAGUCAGGAGUUGCUAUCAUUAACACAAGUUGAAAAAGCAACAAAGGAUUAUUGUCCCUAAUGAGGCGCAGGAGUCUGCUGGGACUCCCCGAUCCUUUUGAAGAAAUUCCCUUAUUUGUUCUGCUCCCUUUUUUUCCCCCUCUUGUGUUGCCUGUUUUGGCAAGUGAGGCCACAAGGGGGCAGUUUGUUUCCCUGUGUGUCGUGUGUGGGACAGAGGAACAGAGGGCAAGAAAGAAAAAGAAAGCUGCAUAGAUCAGUUUACCUCCUCUAUUCCCCCUGGAGCCCAUUACCCAGACGGCAUUACUCAUGCUCAAACAGCAUUGUUGGAGUAUUAUCGCUCAACGAGCAACUUAAUGAUGUGGAAUCAUUUAAAACUAACAGUGUUUUCUGCGUUUGGUGGCUGAAUUAUAUGGAUUUUCACCACUGUGGUCUAUCACGAGGCUAAAGGAGUCUGUUUCUCCCUGCGUGAAUAGAGCGUGAUGAAUUUCCACUACACCGCUAAUUAUACACCCACUUAUUUCAACCUUGUCCCAGCAUUCAUUACCCUAUUUGAUAAAUUGGGAAAUUACAACAAUAAGAUCGCAGCCCGCCCAUGAUCCGAACAAUGCUGCGCAAUUUUGACUGAGCAGCUCAUCUUCUGUCUCAUCAUUUACUCUUUUGUGUACAUCAUACAAGCCUGCCUCAUUCAUCCACGGUCACCUGAACAAUGCAGCUCCUCAAUGUGAUGAUUUUCACCCGAUCUAGCCUCAUUUUCUGUCUCCCUGUUGGUUCUCUGAUCCCUGCAUGGGCUCAAUUAAAACACUUUUCCUGCCCUUCAGCUCCCAGGCUGCGGUAGCAUCUCUGUACAAGUGAGGUGCCAGUGAGAGGACUUCAUUAUGCACUUCUCCCUAAGAAGAUUUUAUUUGAUUUGACAAGAUAUUUUUUCAAGGGGCCAAGCUUAAAGAAUUCCCACCCAUCCCCCCCCCCCACUCUCCCUAUAAUCCUCGACCAAAAAAGGGAGAAAAUAUGUAGACGUUUUUUCACUUGGCUGCAUGGAGCUCACGCUGAGAGAGAUUGGUGUUAACUCUUUGUGAGGCGCACAGAUACAGCGACUUAAAUGUAAAGGAUAGAGGAAUCUCCACAACUAGGAUGAAUAUCUUUUGUAAAAGACAAGGUUUUUAAGGGCUUUUACUCAAAUUAUUCCAGAGUAUUGAGAUUAUCUCUGAGAGGAUUCACCUUAGAGGAAUAUCUCAGAGUAGCUGCACUCAGUGUAAUUCCUGCAAAACCCAAUCCCAUGGGAUCAUACUUUAAUUUGAGGUGAUGCACGAACAGAUCCCCCUUAAAUCUGUUUCACAGAGGCAAUGUUGAAGUGAAAAACUGAGUGAUUGAAUCAUUUCAUGUCUUUAAAAUUAGGAGAGCUUCAGACUUUUUAACAGCUGCUUAUUGGUUCGAUUUAAUGUGAUGUUAUGACCUUAAGGAAGACAAAAAUCUGUAUUUCUGGAAAGGCCUUUUAGGCAAGAAUUCACAAUUUUGGGAAAUGCUUAUUUACGGUCUUGCUGAGAGCUUAAUGAGAAGCCUAAUUCCACCCCCAAUGUAAAGCCAGUGCUUGCAACCAUGCUAGUUUAGCUUAGCAUGAAGAAAAAAGGGGCAAACACCUCAAUUAAAGAGGACAGUUUGGCUGCAGAAUGUUUAUAUCUCUGACAGCCAUUCUCACAGACACUUUCAGCUGAGACGCUGUAUAUCUUUGAAAGGAAGUGCCGUAAUUUGCUGCUUCAAAGUUUCAUAUUUAUUUUAUUUUAAGUCUGGCAGUUACAGUCAUGCUAUAACCACAUUACAACAUUUCAUCGAACAGAGAAAAAGAUUAGAGGCCUAAUCCAAAAUUAAAUUAUGUAUGGAUCUGUUUUAGAAGUCGAUAUGUCUACUCUGCCUUGCUUUAGCAUCAUUAGCUAUAGCUAAUGCCAACAUAGUUAUGCUAGCUGCUUAAUUAUCAUCACUACAUAAGCCAUUAAAUCUAAGUGACCUUUAGAAAAUGUAACUAAACCUAAUGUAGCUACUUAGCUUACAUACCCACUGUACUACAGUGUGUACAUAACUACAUUGGUAUAGCUACGUUUGCCAAAGCUCACACUGCCUAUGCUACCUUAGCUACAUUGGCUUAUGUAGUAACUUAUGCAGUAUUGUUAGCUAUAUAGCUACAUAACUACAUAAGCUAAAUAGCCAUGUAGGAAUGAUAGCUUAUGUAGCUCAUGUAUGUAGCUGCAUUAGAGUGGUUUUGUGGAGGAAAAUCUGGUAUUAAAUUGUAUAUAGAUCUGUUUUAGAAGUAGUUACACAAACAGUAACUUGUUUUACCUCCAUUAGAUACAGCUAACAUAGCUAUGCUAGCUAUCUAAUAAUGUUAUUACAUAAGCCAUUGUAGCCAUGUUAGCUUCAGCAAGACAAGCUUUAGCAAAUAUAGAUAAAGGUAACAUAGCUACGCAAAUAACAUACCAAAGUAGCUUACGUAGACACUUUAUAAGCUUGGCUUUAGCUACAAAGCUCUGUUAUCUACAUAGCUUACUCAGCUAAUGGCGCUACACUUGCUGCGUUAGUGUUUCCAUGAAGGAUGAGCUUUUUUCCUGUAAACAGACUGCUUACUCAGCUUUAGUAAAUGUUUUGUUAUCCCUUACCUUAACUCCAACUCUAAAUGAAAGUUUAAUCUGAAGUACUUCUAAAGUUUGAGCGUGUAUUUCCCUCUGAGCUGUACAGCAGGUCAGAUGAACGGUCUCUUAGAGUGGCUGUCUGAGAUGAACAGUAUCCAGCCAGACCUCUCUCCAAUAAAAUACAGCAGUUGGGGCAUAAUGUAUGUUUUUUUAACAUAGAGAAAAAACACAAUGCCAAUGAAAAUGUCACAGAGGUGCUUUAAAAUGAUUUUUUGGCAGAGCCAGACCUGUUUUUGCCUGUAUAGCAUACACGAGUCACUUUAAAGCAGUGUAGCUUAGCAUGCAGUUUUCACACCAGGCCAAACACAUUUUUUAGCUGUGUAUGUUAUGCAAAAACUGCAAAAUGACCACAAUGUGUGCUUUCUACUCAAAAAACAAAAACAAAACAAAACAAAAAAAAAAACAAGAAGCUACUUAGGGAGCUUCAGAGGUGAUCAUAGGUAGAUUUGAUUUCCUGCAGAUCAAGCUAGCUUAGCUGUUACUGUCUGAAUGUUAAAUGUGCAGCCAGUGCCUGGAGCAAUGUUUGUGUAGCUUAGCAUUAAGACUAAAGACAAGGGCAAACAGCUAAGCCAGCUCAGUCUAAGGUGAGAAAAUGUGCCAUGUGACCACAUUGUGUUCUCUACAGAAAUGUUAAACAAACAGAGUGUUGAGAAUUUUAGUUACCUUCAGAGAGGAGCUGCUUGGUUGCUACUGUCUUUAUUUUUAAUAUGGAGCCUGCACAAGGAGCUUUGUUGGUCUAGCUUAGCAUAAAAAUGAAGGUGGGGGCACCAGGCUAAUCUGGCUUUGUAGAAGGUGAAGAAAAUCUGCCUAAUGACCCAAAUAUGUCCCCUUUACAUGUGUAGAACAAAAAUCUGUUGGUAAUUGAGCUGUAGAGGUGCUAGUAGAAUAAUGUUAUGGUUGGAAAGAGCAGUGAUGGGUAAUAGUGCUUUUAAAAGUAACUUGUUGCUAAUGUCAGGCCAAAACCUCAUAUCUCCAAGAUCACCACUUUUAAGGAAAUGAAAAAGGCUGUAUUUUCCAAAUAAUUUAACCCUGAAUGGACAGAACCACCCUCUCUUUGACACUUUUAUUGGUUUAAUUUUUGUAAAAAACAAACAAACAAAAAACUACUGACAGAUUCAAAGGGUGACCAGUAGCACUGAUUUAUGAAAAAAUGAAAAUUAAAACCAUUAAAAAUGGAGAUACAGGGUUUGGGCUCAACACCGCUGGUAUGUAACUGUGUUACAUACUGAGAAAAGUAAUCCAUUUAAGUGCUUUUGGAUUACCAAAAAUUAAAACUCUUGCAUUAUAUUAUACAUGAGUGAAACUGGACCCACUAAGGGGGGCGCCAAAGGUCCAUGGAGGAGUGUGAGUCUGUGGCUUUACUUAAGUUCUUAAAAUUAGAUUCGCACAUAUCAAUUAAAAUCAUGAUAGCAUUUACUAGAUAGAUAUUUUGGUAAAAAAAAAAAAAAAAGAUGUGUCAUCUUUUUCUUAAGGUUUUCUCAAUUAAAGUAACUAUUGUGGAACUAUUGGUCUAGACAACAACACAUAAACUAUCAUACAUUUGUCUCUGAAUGUGCUGACCCUAACACCUUACAUAGCCUCAUUCAUAGCCCAUUAUCUAGGAUUGUGCAGACUAAAUCACAGCUAUGCAUGUGUACUGACACAACUGUAGCCUAAAGCUCUGCAGGUAUGCAGCUCACAACAAAGAGGAAAACAGAAACUGUGCAGACGCUUCAGAGAUUUCCAUUUUUGGCAACAUAUAGACAUGACUUUUUUUAAACAAGUAUUAUUUUUAAGGAAAAAGUAGCAAAAUAACAGAUUCCUUGAAUUGUAGAACAAACAGGUUAAGUGAUCUGAGUACUUUCUCAUGUUAGAUCCUCUGGCAGAAGCCCACCCUUUUGCUAUUUUUUAAAAUACAUUUUACAUCACAAAGGCACAUAUACAAAAAAAAAAAAAAAAAAAUGCACAUCUGGAUUUUACAGUUUGUAAUGUGUCUUUACAUGUCUUUGUUGUAAACAGCCUUUUAUUAUUUGUCUUAACAAUAGGGCUGUCAGCAUUAAUCACACUGGGAUUAAGGUCCAUAAUUCAUUAUUAUUGUUUGACUGCAUGCUUCAUUGUUCUUUUCAGUACAAUUUAGUUAAGCCACUUCAUCUCCUUGCAGUGACACUGUAAGACCAAACAGUACAAGGUUGUUAAAAAAUGAGUUGUGUCAACUUAAAGAUCCAAAACAGCUCUUUCAGCUCUAUGUUUCUAAAUUGAUAAAACAUAUUUUACGUUUUAAGUGAGCAAAACUCAGUCAUUCGUAGUAUGCUUUGUCACUGUACUCAAAUAUUUGACAAUCAUCCCCUUAUCUGCAGAGUUAUCCCAGAACGCCUUUGGGCAUUACUCACCUUUGCACCAUGAGUGAAGUUACCCGCUCAGCUAGAGAAGGCUGAGGCUCUCAAACAGGACGUUGCUCUCUGAACUGACUUAUUCAUGAAUGGCACAUCACCAUUUUGUACCAUGUAAUUUCAGACAAAGGGAAAAAAGCUGUUUCCUCAUGUGUUGCCUUAUGCUAAUCUAACAUGCUUUAGCUUCUUCCUGACCAUACAGACACUGGCUUUCUCAUUAAACUCUCAGCAGCAGUAGAUGUAUUUCAAAACAUGUCAAACUAUAAAAUAUGCUCCCAGUAUCCUGAUGGUUAAAUACGCUGGUUUUAAAGCUAAUAGGAACAGCUGUGCUUGAUUCCAUGUCUUGUUUGGAUUAUUAUUUUUCAUGUUGGGCUUAUUUUAAAUCAAAACUUCUGUGGUUAUCAAAGUAUCUCCAUUUUCUUUCCAUUUUAACCUUUUUUCUACUUACAUCGACAAACCAGAAACACUUGAACAUUUACAUUAACUCUUUUUUCUUCUUUGUUUUUGAAGAAAUCCCUGUUUUACGUCAUGUACUGAUCAAAGAAGAGGACUUUAGCCACACAUACUAUCUCCCUCAUCUGUGAAUGUGUAACAGAGACAGAUAUUUGCCUUACCUUCAGUGCAGGACUGAAUGAUUAGCUAGAGAGAGAUAAAGUGGGAGAAAGCGACGGAGAGGAGACAAUGAGACGUAAAACAACAAGAACAGAAAGCACAUUUCCCCAGUUGUUGCAGCAGUGAAGAUAAAGCUAACAGUAUUAAGAGGAAGAACAUUAGGGGUGCUAGCUAACGACAAACUCCUCAUCCUUAGUGCCAGACCUGAAGCAGUGCACGGCUAAUGAGUCAACCAAACGGGGGAAGAGCUUUGGUGGUUGUUUAGCAGCAUACAUUACUCUUAAUUUUCUACUGGCUUGAUGAAAGAACUAGGCUGCUGUGCUGUGACCAAUGGAAUUAAACAAACGUAUUGCAGGCUGCUAGCGUGGGAUUAUCACUGGUUCAGGGUGCUGAGGAGUAAUUUCCCUUAAAGCUCAUUGAUUCACGUUGAAGUAAUUGUUUAAUCUCUGAGAGGUCAAUUUAGACAACAGAAAACAUCUGAAGUGUUCUUUUCUUCCUAUUGGGUUAAACAUUCACUGCAAAAUAUCUAUUCGCCACUCUCAUUCAUUCAGAGAUAUUUGCAUGUACUGUGUCAGCGCUUUGUAGCCUUCCAUCUUUGUUUGGACUUCCGAGUUUCUUUUCCAGCAGUCAUCCAAAAGAGAUCGAGGUACCAUGAGGGAAACUUUACAGAGAGGAUCUCUCAUUUCUAAGUAAAAGAAGGCGGGAAAUUUCAAAAAUGCAUGUAAAACAGCUCUGUCGGGAUCAUUCUUCUCAUGGAAACGCUGCAGUGUUGCGUUCGCCACCCACACCACGUUUUCUUAGGAACCAAAGUUAAAUUUCUGUUCUCAUGAUGAAAUAUUGAUGUUGUUCCAUGUAUGUGCCUUGAGGUUGAACUUACAAUGUAAAGUCCUUGAAACCUUUAAAUGUUUUUGCACAAACUGUAAAUACUUAAGUGAAGCUUUUUGAAAAUAAAAGAGCCAUUGGAUUUGA